CGCGGAGUUACUGCGCGUUUUAGCGCUACUGACGCGAAUUCGCAUAUUGCAAAGCCGACGGUAAACCCAACGUGCUUCCGUGACGGAACAGGAUAUUUCUAUUAUUAUUUAUAUAGAUGACGUAAUUAUUGAGUGACUUACAUUAUGGACUAUUAAAAUUAAACAAAUUAAAAAAGAUAUAAUUUUCAGAAGUAUCUAAUUGGUAUUGCAAAACGGAUUAUGCAAUGUUAUUGUACUGGCACUUCAUAAGAAAUAACUGGUGAUAAAUAACAGUGACUCGAAUUUAAAAUGCGUUCCAUUUUUGACGUAACUAUCGAACUGUCAAGGUAUGAGUAAAAUGUCAAACGUAAACAAAAACGCUGUUCCAAAUUUGAAAUUGUUCAGUGAUUGUAAUCAAUUAGAAAAUGGACCUUACGACACGGCGUGGGGAAGCAGACGCAACUGUUCCACCGGAUUCGGUGCAUUUGAACGGAGCGGCGCAGAUGUGCCGGGAACUAGUGAAUGGAACGGACAGCGGGUAUGACGUCACGGGGGUAACCACGGAAGUGACAACAUCAAGAAAGAUAAAUUCGUUCAGCAUAAGGAAUUUGGUUGGUGGUGACGAUUCGGAGCGGUCAGCCGACGGCAGCGCGAAUGCUAAUGAUGACUACUUCACUCACGAGCAUCCGUACCAAAAAUACUCCAGUAUGGGCAUCUCGGAGCCGCCGAAAGAUGACUCGCCCAGAACAACUCCUGAGUUAACAAGAGCAGACCAGUCCCCAGCGUCAGAACGACCACCGCCGGGAUCGGCGGACAGUGACGACGCUGAUGACUUUGCGCCAAAAAGAAAGCAACGGCGAUAUAGAACCACGUUCACCAGCUUCCAACUAGAAGAAUUGGAGAAGGCGUUUUCAAGAACACAUUACCCUGAUGUAUUUACCAGAGAAGAACUUGCGAUGAAAAUUGGAUUAACUGAAGCUAGAAUACAGGUGUGGUUUCAAAACCGGCGUGCGAAGUGGCGCAAGCAAGAAAAGGUUGGACCACAGGCUCACCCUUACAACCCUUACCUGGCAGCGGGAGGCGCGGCUCCCCCGCCAUCUGUAGUUGCGUCUAUGCCUAAUCCGUUCUCACAACUUGGGUUCGGAUUUCGGAAGCCUUUUGAUGCAAACGCCUUAGCAUCUUUCAGGUACGCAGGCGCGCCAGUCCUAGGGGCGCAGUACCUCGGAGCGCCACUGCCUCGGCCGCCUCUCUUCAGUGCACCGCUAUAUUCCACGCCGCCACCCUUUCACUCGCUUCUCGCGGGGCUCGCAGCGCCCCCAAGACAAUCUCCGGAUCCGCCCCCAGUCUCUCCCCCUAUAUCUCCAGGGAGCGAAUCACCCCCAAGUGGCCAGUCGUCAGUUCCAGAAGUUGAGAGACGAAGUUCCAGUAUUGCAGCUCUUCGAAUGGCUGCAAGAGAGCACGAAUUAAGGCUAGAGAUACUACGGCAACGGCAUCACAGCGACUUGAUUAGUUGAGUUUUGAAGGGUUGGACUCCAGUGUAAUACUUACAGUACCCAGUUUAGGUACGAAACGUAAACUCUCAAGUUUAUAAAGCCUUGUAAGAUAACUAUUAGUAAAUAGUAGAUUUUAUAUGACAAAGUAUGUCAGGAUUUGUCAGGAUUUUGUUAUUUAUUAAAAAUAUGUAGUAAAUGGGUAUUACCACAACGAUUUCAAAGGUACAUUUCUGCGCGUCAGUUUCUUUAAUGCAAUUAUAAAAUGACUUAUAUGGAAUAAUUGUAUUGUACAUAAGUCUACUAUGAUUUAUUGUAUCAAGUUUUAUAAUAUCAAAGAUAGUUCCAUACACGUAAGUGUAGAUUUUUACCUUAUCUUUGAUAUCAUUGUACAGGCCAAUAAAUGACACAAAAAUCCAGGAUAAUAUUGGGUGCGAUGUAAUUUAGAUGCGAUGAGGUAAAAUCGAAACAGCGGGCACACUGACAAAUCGGCCCUGAUUUAACUACACAUGAGGCGACAGGAAACAAUCCUAUGCUCCCCACAACUGCUGCCAUAUUGCUCCUGAUUUUAAUGUCACGUGUAGCCCGUUUUAUCGACAAUAUGUAUGUAACAAUCGGUUCAAAAUCCUGAAUGUACUGUAGUUUAAAUAAAUAGUAUAGUAAUUUCAUUCCGUCCAAUUAAUAGGCCUUAUUGACUUAUUGUUAUUUAUUGUAGCUUUAAGACUAUGUACUUAAUUUUAAAUUCAAUUGUGACUUAAUAAAGUAAAUGUGCUACACACAGUUAUGUACCUCGAGGGUGCUUUUUCUAUAUUCAAAUAUGCAUCGAGCACAAAAUAUGCUGACUAUGAAGUGAUAUGCGAGCGGUUUAUAUUUGUGUAGAGGAGUGUAUGAUAAAUAGACAAUAAAUUUACUGUUGUAUCUCUGGUAAAGUGUCUUAUAAAUAUUUUGUUAUUCAUUCAGAUACUCCCGUUCUUGUUAGUAUCGAAAUAAGAAUAUAGAGUUUUAUAAAAUGUUAUGACCAAUUUAAUACUGAAUGAGGAAAUUGUAAAAUAGGUCAUUGCAAUUUGUACUUUCUUGUUUUCCAUUCUACUUAUAAAUUAUUCAAAUAAAUAUUAUUGAUUUUAUAAUUGGUUAUUAUAACUUUGUUGCUUUAGAUAUAAAACACUAUUUGUCCUACAAAAAUGUAUUUGAGUUGCACCAAAGAAAGCAUCAUAAUAUUUCAAUAAUACCAAGAUUUUAGAUAGAGGGAAAUCAAUAUCAAUGCCUUUCACAUAUCUUUAAAAUGUUUUCUUAUUUAUAUGUUAAUGUGUAUUGACCCUUUUGAUACAUUAUAUACUUGAACAUAUCAUUUCAUUAUAAUAAUUUAUAAUUAUAAUAUCUCAGUAUAAUUUACACAGCGCCAUCUAAUUUCAAGCCUACUGGUAAUCAUUCCUGAAAAAAUAAUGUAAUUAGGUGUAUUACCUUAAGAUAUUGUAAACCUAAUGUAAUAUUCCUUUCUGAAAUAUAAAAUACUUCAAUUGAAUCUUGUUGACUGUGUAUUACUAAUAUACAAAUUUUGUUUGUUAAUGUGUGAAAAUAAUUGUCUUUACUAUUUCAACGAAACUAUUAA